CAGUGCACAAGAUGGCGGCCUCGUUGGCCAUGUGUAGUCGCUGUGCACGAAAGUUAAAACAUAUUCGCGUAAAUCGGCCCCUAGCACUGAGGUAAGAUAACAGGGUAACACUAAUGUACCUAUGGUGGGUUUUAAGCCUCUUAAAAUUUUACGAUCGAGGUCAAAUUGCGGCAGACUAAGUGCAUAUGUUUUAACAUGUAGAUUACCCUCACUUACAGAGUGUAGAAUACCAUGGAAAAGAGCAGCAGUGAAAGGCUGAUUUUUCAGAUUCUAGCAGAUCAGGCAAACUUUAGUCUGAUAAUUUUGGAAAUUCUUAUCAGUUGCGGGAAAUUUUGGUUGACUUUGACCUGUUGACUGCCAAAGCUACAUGUAUGUUCAAAACGCACUGAAUUGUCUAUAAAACACUAACCGGGUAGUCAUCUGGUCACACUGAUAGUAUGAGGUGUAUAUAAGACUUCUUGGAAGUGUACUACAUUAUACAUAGGGUGUGUAAUUUAGACUGGAGUGAAAAUAGUUUCAGCUGCACCCAUUUGGUCUGAAUGUGCCAAGUGACGAUUAUGCCUCUGCUAAAAUUUUUCAGAGGUUUACACGAGGGCGUACAUAUGAAAACCUGUGAGUGUGUCUAUGUUUCAUCACCAUGAGUUUCUUAGAUUCCGUUGUUUUGAGUUCUUUGUGGAAAGGUGGACUUUAACCCUUAAACUGACCCGUGAGUGACCAAGACAUUAUUUCUCUUUACAAUAUCAAUAGACAAUCAUGCAGACAAGUAAUGACAAUAACAAAGUAUCAAUCAGGGGACUAUUACUUGAUCCAAUACCAAAUUCUCUAAACUAACAUCAUAUCAUAUGUGACAGACAGUAAAAAGAAUUACUAAUGAGAUAUUGGGGGUGAAAGAAUUAAACAUACGUAUCAACAAACAACAUGCAGAAUUAGCAUGUAAUUAUUUGCAUCAUUUUUUAUCCUUCACAGACCACUAUGCAUUGCACCCUCCAAGUCAUCUUCUGAUGAAUUAGAUGAUAAAGCCAUGUGUGAGUUGCAUGUACUCACUUUUUACUAAUUUGAAAAUGACUACGAGUUAGUCACCAUAGACCUAGUUAACCUUUAAACUCCUGUGAGCGACCAAGACAGAAUUUCUCCUUACUAUAUCUAUACAAUAUCAUGCAGACAAGUGAUGAGAAUGAAGAAAAAUAUCAAUUAUUGGAUUACUAAUUGAUCUGAUACCAAAUUCUCCAAACUAACAUAAUGAGAAUCGUUUGGCAGACAGUAAGGAGAAUUACUUAUGAGAUCUUGGGAGUUAAAGGUGAAACCACUUAGCCUGAUUUGAGUCUCCUGUAGUUUACUGGUAGAGCAUUUAAAAUAGUAAUCAGAAGGUCAUAGGAUCAGCUUCCAUUGAGAGCACUUGGACCUCAUUUUUUCUGAGUAUGCGGGAGUCAUUCACUGAACAACAUCACCUUUCAACUAUGAGUGCAUUUAGAGCUUUUUUUCAAAGGUUUCAAUUUUAUUGAGUAUUAUUUUCCAGUGAAAUUAAUUAUGGCAUGUUGAUCAUAAAAAUGCAGAAAGUGAAGAUUCUGAGUUUAAAAAGUAGCUUCUUUCUGUUCUUCAUUAGAUUUGGAAGCUCUAUAUGCUUCUUCCAGGAAAAGGUGAGUUGCUUUGUUUGCUUUCAGACCUCAGAGACUACUGGUAGUUGAACAUGAUUGUCUAACUAGCUCGUACAUGAACUACCCAGUAACUGUUAAUGUUGUAAGUAAAGUGGAAAUCAGGGCAGAAUUAUUUUAAAUUGGGUUUAUAUCUAUUUUUAAUAAUAUUGCAUCUAGAACAUAUUAAGUACAAAUUAAAGUAGUUUAAACUUGAUUUAAGUUGUGAUUCAGUUAUCUUCUCAGGUUGAAUUUUUCUGAUAUCAAAUCCAUUUUUAUUUUUCUUUGUGUUGUAUUGUUUGGCAUGAUUUGAAACAAAGAAGGAUACAAAUCAAAGUGGCUUGUAAAAGAUUUAGACCAGUCAAUAGCAUUAAACCACAACAUGUACAAAACUUAUCUUUUGUUUUAAAUUUUAUCCUCCAAACAAAUUUAGAUUUUAAUUCCCAAAAGGUUCAUCUAAUUUGAACCAAAUCAUAACUAAAUGCAAACAUGAAGCAACACUUUAUUUGAAAAGGUUCUUUUUAUUUCUGAAGUGCCUAACCAGAGGUCAAUUGUUAGUAGAAUUUUAAUGGAUCCUCUCAUACACUUUCCCUUUUUUUUAGAGAUCCAUUAGCUGUGUUGAGAGCAUUGGAGUCAACUGUAAGACCUGUGAGUACCAUUUUCCUUCUGUUUUUAAUUAUACUAUAAAACUUGCUUUUCAGUGUGUACAUUUAAUCUUUACAUUAACCAUUUUUGUUCUUUAUUUCAUCAACUUUUUUAGUUUUGUUGCCCAGAUGCGACUCUAUGCUUGGGGAGUACUUAUUAACAAUUUUUCUUUUGCAUUCUGCAAUUAUACCAGAACAUUAUGUAAUCAAGUUAAUGUGGUAACUCCUUACAAAACUGUUUGUUGCCAUGUACAGUGGUUUGAAUCUUGGAAAACAAAUGAUGAAAUAUGUAACCUUGAACAUUAAACAAUGUUUUAAAUGCACCUCCUCUCAACUUUUGUAACAAUCUGACUAAACUCUUCAGUAAAUCAUUUUCUUGAUUCUCAGACACAUUUCAUGCCAAAUCCUGAGUUUAUUGAGGACAAUAAUUUGCUACCAAGAAACAAAAUCAUGAAGGUUUGUUCUUGAUAUUGUUAUGGCAUGAUGAUGGUUAAAACAAUUUAUAUUUUACUUUCUGGUGCAACGUAGUGAAUGAAAAAACUGUACAGUUUUAAGUAGUAGUUAACCCUUUAACUCCCAGAAGUGAUCAACAUGAAACUUCUCCCUGUAAUAUCCUUACAUUAUCUGGCAAACAGACAAUGAGAAUAUUCAAACUUCUUGGAUAGAAGCUGCUAUCUUAAUCUAGCACCAAGUUCCCAUAACUAAUUUACAAGGAAAUGAGUAGCAGCUAGAGAGGAGAAUUAACACUCAGAUCUUGGGAGCUAAAGGGUUAAAGUUAGGUUCUGUUUCUUCAUGACAAUAUUGUGUGUAGAUCUACUUUUUCAAUUUACAAUGUCAUAGUGUAUCCAAUCCUUAUGAACAAAUAUUUUUUAAAAAUUGAGAAAAUUUGUAUCAUACACUAAAACGUGUCCCUAAAGUACAGUAAGUAUUUUUUGUUAGGUUAAUGGAAAAAAAGAUUGAAAAUAGAGUUUGUAUGUCCUCCUCUCACUGUCUCUAUGCGAAAAAUAAUUGGAUGUAAAAUAUACAAAAUGUAUCUGUAUGCUUAAAGGAAAUAGUAUGUUUUCUCCUUGUAGAUGUAAGUGUCCUGGUCAAAGACAAAAAAAGAUUAAAAUGUCUUUGUGUGUGAAAAUCGACUUUGAACCUGUGUAUUGUACAGGGCCCAAUUGUUCAAAAGUCAAUCAGCAGUAACCCAAGGUUAAAUUUUAAUACUGGUUUCUUUUUCCCUUUUUUCAAAAGCCCUUUCAGGAUAAUUUCCUCAAUUCUUUUAAGAGUGUUUAAUCAUUAAAUUGUCGGCAGAAAGAAUGAUAUUGAAUUUUCUUUUAAAGCUUCCAGAUCUGAAAUAAGAUUACACACUAACCCUGGGUUUUCUUAACUUAACUUUGAACAACCCAGGUCAGGUCUAUGGGACUCCUCUUAUCAAAAAAUUUUUUGAUCAAUACUUAAUUGAGAAAAACUUAAUAACAAGGAGAUAAGGGUGCUUGUUUAUAUUUUGAGUACAUGAUUAUUAGGUCAGUACUUGAAUGAGCAAAUCAGAAAGUUAUUCUGGAUGGAACUUAUAUAUUCACUUCUUGGUUUAUUCUUUGUCGUGUUGUGUUUUGAUAUGCUUUUCUGUUUUGUUUGUGUUUUUUUUUUUUUUUCAAAGAGUAGUUAGGAUUUUUAUGAUUUACAGUAACAAUCCUAUUGAUAGUUUCUUCUUUCUUGUAGGAUCAAUGUUAUUGGGCCAAGAGGUCAGGUGUAGAAGCUGCUAAGUUUGUGAUCUCAAAUUGUCCAGGGAUUUUUCCUCUUUGGAAUGCAAACCCUGUAAGUUGACCUUUUCUGCAAAAUCACACCUUGAUCUAAUUCUCUUUAAUGGCCAGUUACAGUAAAGAUGUAUAAAUGUUGUAAAUGGCUUUCUUUCUCACUCCAGGCUUGGAAAGUAGAAGGUGCACAAGCUAUUGAUGUUGAUGAUGUUCAAACUGAGGAUCAACUGAAAGGUUUGUCAGAAGUUGUGUUUAAUUUAACAAGUGUACUGGAACAUUGAUUGAAGUAAUCACCAAAUGAAUAUAAAAGGUGUUAUCAUGAUUAAGAAGUUGAAACCUCCUGUUCCCUUAAUCAAAUCAGUACAAUGCAGUUUAACCAAGAGAGGAAAACCACCAGUUAAUUUGACACUUACAGUAAAUGUUAAUGUGCUUCCUUCUCUCAACAGCUCUCAAGCUGCAAGCACUUUAAAGUUUAAUAUUUCUAUUUAUUGUGUUCUUUUCUCUUGAAACUUCAGUAGCAUCUGGAGUUAGAAGUUUCUCUACUUGAAUUUACAGACUAGAAGUGGAAUCAUAUCGAUCUCUGACUAAUUCUGUUUCAUCAGUAUUAAUUAAGGGGAAGAGUGCCAGGAAUGCUGCCCAAGCCUUUGAAAAAUUCAAGGAACAAGGUGAAAAUUUUUUUUUGUUUUUGCUGUACCAUGUUCCUCUAAUUAUAAAUGAGUAGGCCUUGUGCAUGUUUAUGUUGACCCAAUUUCACCCCUCAAGCCUUGCAUUUAAGGUGUGGACUGACAUAUUUUAAUUGUAAAGUAUUUCCAAAACACUAAAGUCAAAUGAAUACCCACAUAAAAAGAGGCAAAGAUUCAUGAUAGUUUGGUGCAAACAGGACUUGGCAGUGAAUUUUCAGUAAAUGACAUCAUCAUGCAUUAGAGCCAUUCAAAGAAAUUUUGUUGAGUUCACUUAGAGAGAUAGAAACUGGGGAAAUAUUGAUGACAGCUUGCUUGCCAUUAGAUGUUAAAUGUUAAAAACUUCACUAUGUACUGUACCACAUGUGAUGAAUAUACAGUAGGUUCUAAGUUUUACCAAACUGAGGAUCACUUUUAAUCAACAAAUAGCCAUGAGAGAAGUGAGAAAAUACAGUACUUGGCCUUCUUUUUUUUAAUGAACUGUGUAGUAUGAUGCAACAUGAAUGGGAGUGUCUUUGGCUAUGCAAUUAUUGGCCAAAAAUCACCCCUUUCAUGCCCUUUAACAUGUAACAAUCUUUAUUUUGCCCUUUAUUUCCUUGCUUAAUGUUUUUCUUAGUAUGGUUAUUCAAUUCCUCUCUUCAGCUCACGGCAUAUUGGCCUAACAUUUUAACCAAAAGAGUAUUUGUUCCCAGUCUUCACUGGAUGUUUUUCCCCUCAGAAAGGUUCAGUCUAUGGAAUAAAAGGGCGAUAUGGGUUAUGUGACCUCACAGUUCAUUUAAUUAACAAUAUAGAUUUCAUGUUGCUAUACCUCUUUCUAGAGCAAAAAAGCUGCAUGAACAAAAAAGUUGCACAUGAGACGGAGAUGGGUGUGUCACUGAUAGAAUCUAUUUGUUUUACGUAAUAAAAAGACAAAAAAUGAUUGAUGGUGAUGUCAUCUAUGCAUCUGUCUGCCAAUAGCUCAUAAAUAAGAAGCCAUUAAAAUGUAUGCAUGAUUCAGCUUAUAUAAAUAUGAUUUUUUGUUAUUAUAAUUUACAGGGGUUGAAGUGUCACUGGAAACACAAAAUAACUUGCUUGACCUGGUUUCCUUUAAACUGGGCACUGAAUCAGCUGAAGAGACUUUGACCUUAGAAGUAAGGGUUUCUUAAUACUUUUGCAGAUGCAACACAGUAAAUUAUAUGCAGAUGGAAACCAGAAUCCUUUAAACUUAAGCGCAACAUGAUACUGGUUUGAAUUAAUGAUACCAAUGGCUGUUUGAGGUGAUGCUUAAUCUGAGUUAUAACAAUCUAACUGUUAGCAAUAUUUUUUUUAAUACCUUUAGGAAAAAUCAGAGUAUUUAGAGACUGGUGAUGCUGAUAUGGAUGAGAGUGAAACAUUUAGUAAUGAUGAUGAUCUAAUUAACCCAGAGGUAAUUAAUACACAUGUAGUAUACCUGGCCCUGGUUGUUCAAAGCUGGGUUAAGGUAACCCAGGGUUAGUGUGAAAUUUAAUUUCAGGUCUGAAAACUUUAAGAGAAAAUUCAGUUCAAAUCUUUUUGCUUGCAAUUUUAUCAUUGGAUGUUCUAAAAAGAAUAGUGAAAAUUUUCCCAAAAAGACUUUUGAACAAAGAAAUAAAGAAAGCUGGAUUAAAAUUUAACCCUGGGUUAGAGCUAAUCGGCCUUUGAACAACUGGGCCCUGGUUUUUACCCACACAAGCCUAAUGCUCAUAAAUACCAGCUGAUGUUCUCUGUUUCCAUGUCUAAAGCAUUUAGAGCAUUGUGCUCUUUAUUGGUGGGAGUAUAAGUCCAUAACAGGACAUCUUUCAACUGAUUGUUGGGUGAGAUAGACAGUUGGCCAAUUUAGGGAAAUUUUAUUUUCUCACCUCUCAUUCUAAGGAUCUUUUGACGUUUUAAUUUUUGUUGAUCAUUCCCUUCUUUAACCCUUUAACUCCCAGGUGUGGCUAAGACAUAAUUUUUCCUUACAGUACCAAUACAACAUCAAACAGACAAAUGAUGAGAAUAAAGAAAAAUAUAAGUUGGAGAUUAGUUGAUCCAAUACUAAAUUCUCUGAACUAACAUCAUUAGCAUUGCAUGAUAGAAAGUAAGAAGAAUUACCAAUAAGAUCUUGAGGGUAAAAGGGUUGAGAAUGUUGUGUAUCCCUCCCCUGGUUCCUCUCUCAGACCCAUUAAAUUUUUACCAGUUUAUUUAUUAUCAUUUUUAAUGUGAUCCAUUUAAACCUACUGUUUUUUUUUUCUGGAAUUAGAAUACCCACUGAUACAAAAUUGCAGAAUAAUCUCACAUUGAUUUGCAUGUUAUGGAAAUUGCAAUUUAAGCUCGACUUGUAGUUCCUUUCAGAUUAAAGAACUGAUUAAUAAUUUGUGUACUUCAUUCUAUAGGAUGAUGGUGGUACAAUUACUGUUUUAUGGAAGUGAGUGAAUGGUUUAUUUAUUCAUAUAUUUUAUGUAUAAUACAACAAUUUGUUUUUUGUUCCUUUUUUAAGUAGUUUGUUGUAUUUGUUAGUACUAUAAUACUCUUGUUUGUUUGUUUGUUUGUUUGUUUUUUUUCAAAUUAGCAAUUAAAACUGUUACAAUGUGGCUGGAAAUUGUUGCUGGUGUUUCACAUGAAGUCUCCUUACUUAGGGACAACUUUUUACCAAAAAAAAAUGCUGGAUCAUUUAUUGUAUUGCAUGCAUUGUACAUGUAUCUCACUUGAAACACAAAGUUUAAAAAAAAAUGUUUCUAGAGAACUGAAAAGUUAUUUUCAUGUCUCUUUUAACAGCAGUGACAAUUAUGCGGAACGAUUGUUUAAAAGUAUGACAACCAAAGAUGGCCGAACAUAUGAAGCUAUGAUGCUAGGUUUGAUAAAGGUAUAAUAAUUAAACUUCAAAUGAUUUUAAUUGAUGACAGGUCUUUUUUGUUUAUUGGCUAUGUGAAGGAAUUUCUUUAAGACAGGUAGAUUCCCAUAUCAUGACCUGAGAAAUUUCCUGCUUUAAAUUCUUGAGAUGGCUACUGGACAGGCUGAGCAGUUUUGCCACUCAGUAAAUAUCCACCACUAUCCAUUUCUGCUUUGGUAAAUAAUUGUUAAUUGUUCCACAGAAAAGUACUUUUAUAAUUCAACCUAUAUUGUGGGAGUGUCUUCUCUCAUGGUUUUGGUUUUCACAAUCUCUGUAUUUGCAAUGCAAUUAUAAGAUAUACAGAAAAUAUGUACCUGAAGACAAACAUCUUUGAGACAAUUAUUGUCUUCCUGUUUUUAGUUUAGAGCCUAUGAAAGAGCCUUUGAUAUGCUAAUCAAUGGAAUGAGAGCAAAUGGACACCAAGGUUGGAUUUUUGUGUUCCAAAUUUUAUAAGGAUAAAUUCAAUAAAUGAAUGUAGUUUUGAUUAAACUGAUAGAUAUUGAAUUAAUAAUUUAUCUGUCAGUUUUACUCACGAAAACCUUUUUUUUUUUUGAUAUGCAGCUUCUCUGUUGACCUACAAUUAUCUAUUAAAGGGAAUCUCAAGAAUUGAAAAUUGGGAAAUGGCACAGGUCAGUACAUAUUACCCUGACUGUACAGCUCUUUCACUGUUCAGGUAUAUCUGUAAUGGGAGAAAACGUCAUCACAGUUAGAGGAAGAACUGAAGGUAGAUGAAAAGAAAAGGUAAUUAUCCUUACUAUCUGCCAUACAAUUCUCAUGAUUUUUGGAGAAUUUGGCAAUAGAUCAACUAAUAGUCCUGUUCUUUAUAUUUUCCCCUAUUCUCAUCACUUGUCUGCUUGAUAUUAUAUUAAUAUUGUAAAGAGAAAUUCUGUUUUGGUUGCUCAUGGCAGUGAAAGGGUUAAGGAGUCCUUUAAUUCCAUUGUUGUUCCAAAUGCUGUCUCAAGUCUGAACAGAUUUGGGUUUAGUAAACAUUUUUUUCAAUGGUGUGUAGUAUUUACAGACUGCAGAAUGCAGAUCUGCCUUUACCUAGAAAUAGAAGUUGACUUCAAGCAAACACAUUUUGGAACUAGCUACCAGCAAACCAGAAAAACUUACCAAGCAUCAUGAACAUUAUGUAGAUGGUUAUCUCUCUGGCCUUUGUUGCGAAAAAGUUUGCCAAAGUACAUGCUUGAAGCCUAAAUGAUCUUUUAAAGUUUGCCUUGACACUGACACAAACUUUGAGUGAAAUCUAAAUUACUGGUUUGACAUCUUGGCUUUCCUUUUUCAGAUUCUUGUCAAAGAAAUGGUUAAAGAACCUGUGGUCAUUCCUGAUCUCAGUGAGUUUAUUUUACUGUAAUAAUUCCUUUGAAACAAAUUGUUCAUGUCAUUACCAUAAAUACCAUCACUAAUUGUAGUGUGCAUGUCAUUUUUUAGAGAAUGCCCACUGAUCAUGUUUCUUCAGUCAGUUAUUCCUUUUUUUUAGCUAUCCUUUUUUUUAGCUAUCCUUGAGUACUUCCCCCAUUAUUGCAGUCAGGGUUUUUUAGUAUUUUAUAUUUAAACAUGACCUGGGUGUGAAUAUGAUCCUGCUGAAUUCUCUUAUCUACCUAAUUUAUUUUUCCUCUUCUUCCUCAUCUCCCUCCUUUUUAACAUAAUCAGCAAAAAUUAAAUUUAGGUAUUCCUUUGUAUUUCUCUACUAGUCACAUUCAAUUCCCUUAUGAGGGUUGCUGUUGUAGGAGUUAAAGAAGGACAAAGGACAAGGCUUGUCCUGUCCUUGAUGAGAGACAUGAAAGAUCUUGGAAUAGGUAAGUUGGUUCUGUUAUAUUGCAAUGAGGGUCCCAGCAUCAUGACUGGAACACAUCUUGAAUCUUUUAAUUUGUUACCCAAUAUAUUGCAACCCCUGAAAUCACAUUUACCAGACUAUUUUCAGACCUUGUAUUGUUAUCCCCAAUAUCUUGGGUCAAUUUCAGUGGGAAGAAGUAACAAUACCUCUGUUGUCGCAAGGAUAGAUACAUAACAUGUUUCUUUUAACUUCCAAGAUCUGAUUAAUUCUCCUCUCUAGCUGCUACAAAUUUCCUCUCAAUUCAUUGUGAGAAUUUGGUGUUACGUGUAGAUCAAGAUAAGAAAUUUUACCUGAUGAGUUUGAGUAAUCUCAUUACUUGUUUGCUGAAUAUGCUGAAUGGAUAUUAUAGGGAGAAGUUACAUGUUAAUCACUUCUGUUAGUUACAUGGUAAAAGAACACUGAUUUGUUUACAGUUAAACCUGAGUUAUAUUUCAUGCCCAGAAUAAAAAUUCUGGGUUUGAACCAGAGUAUGGGUCAUUGUUUUGUGCUCAUUAGGACCUCUCUGCAUCCAGGGUACCAUCAAAUUUCUAGGGAAACUUCACUAAAUGCUAAGGGAAGGAUAAUAGUUCAACUGUUGACAAGCUUCCAUCCAGGAAGAGAGGUAGUACCUCUCGUGCUAUUUAUCAAGACUGAAGAGGGAGAAUUUAAUUCUUUUUUUUUUCAUCAACCUUUCCUUGAUUUUUUAGACUAUGUCAUAUUGCAGUACAUGCAAAAUGCUGCUUAAUUAAGUGAGGUGUAGAUUAUUUGUUACAUAGCAAAAAAAUGAAAGGGGUAUUUUGAAAUGAAUAAGAUGUCUGUUCUUGGUAAAAGAAACUUAUUUUUUUCAUAACUAAUGGAAAGUAUGUUUUCUUUAAGAGCCUUCUCUGGAAUCAUACACUCAGUUACUACGAGCAGAAUACCUGCCAUUUUGGAACAAGAAGAAGGAAAGGAAGCAGAAUAAACGUAAAUGUCAGAUUAUGUACAAUGUAAUUAUUUAAUAUGUGUUGAUUAUAUGUAGUUCAUCCCCAUCCAAGAGGAAAGGUGUGAAGACCAGUAACCUUGUAAAGCAACAGCUAGAAAAAGGGCUUAUAGGCAUGUGGCCUAGUGACAAAGAAGAAACAAGAAGAUGAGAGACAGACAGACAGUUGGACUGUUAUCUAGAGUAACAAUUUAUCUUUAAAAUCAGCAUUUUUAAUCCCUAUCAUAUCAGUGAAAACUUUUUAUUUCACUUUUAUUGUUGUUUCUCCAAUUACCAUAUUCCCACCAAUAGUGUAACUCCAUUUUUCUGCUUAUGAAAUAUGCAAAACCCACAAUUCUUCUAGUCACUCUGAUGAAAAGGCACAAGUAGAUUGAUGGUCAGCAAAAAAAUGGAAAGCCAGACAAACAUGUGGACAAACAAACACAGAUAUUACUGUGAAUGUAUACCUGGACAACACCAAACAAAAACAUUUCCUGUAAUGAGUAGGUACAUUCAAGUAGACCCACAGAUGGGUAAAUAAGAGUCUGUGAGACAAAGUGAUAUAGAAGACAUUUAUACACUAUAAUUAUAAUUUCUUAACCAUUUAGAAACUAUUUCUUUUUUCCUUGUCUUUUCAGAACCAUUGAAAAAGAUGUUUGCAAGUCCUGCAGUUCUUGAUAUAAUUCUCACUCAACUGGAAUCUCUGCCCAAUCUCCCACCCAUUAUAGAUCCAGAAGAUAGUAAGACUUCUACCAGAGAAAUAUACCUCUUUUUAGCCUUUUACAUGAUAAGCUCAUGAUAUAAGAAAAAGAGUUUUUGAUUGCUCAGAAGCAAAUUGAAUAUGUCAAUAUGGACCUUUUGCACUCACACAGAUGAAGAAUCUUAUAUUUGCGUCCUUUUUCACAUUUGUACUUUGUUUCUUUUUUAUUUUAGGUUCCACUAACACACCAUUUUUCUUGAUUCUAUUUUGCUAAAGUUUUUCUCCAGUAUUGACUAUUUUGUCCAUUUUGUCCAUGCCACUGUUGCCAAACCCCUUUAUAGCUGUAAUAAUCAUUUCAAAUAUCUUUCUUUCUUUAAAAGAAAGGACUUUGCCAAGUCUAUUUGUAAUGGAAGUUCCCCACAGUCUCUUGGUGUGUUUAGGCCUGUUGAGUGUUUUGGUAUUUAAAGAAAAACCUAAGAUAGCUGUAUGCAAGUUUGCCAGGGACACAAUUUUUUAUCCUUUUUCUCAACUUGUCUUGUGAUUAGCUGAAAGAUGUCAGGUGGCAGAGGUUGAAAGUGUUGCAUUUUAGGGUGUUAGCUUACAGUUACCGGUAACUCAGGGUUUAACGGAAUGACCAUGGCAAAAAAAUAAGUCAGAUUACAUGUGCAAAAUAAAAAGGUUUAUAGAGGUUUUUGGAAAUAGUGACUACAUGGAACAGUUAUAAAUAGAAAUAAUUCUUUCAAAAAAAUUAUUUACGUUGAUCAGAAGAUAAGAUAAUGCAAAAAAAAAAAAGGUUAUUGAGGUAUGGAUGAUUGAGGUUUCACCCUAUUUAUGCCUCAUUAUUGUUCAGAUUUGAGAAUUAUAUUGUAUAUGAAAAUUUUCCUAAUUAUGCUUUUGUUUUGAGCUGAUGAGAAAAAAUUUAUUUUUUAGGCAACUUCCUCAACACAGCUAUGAGUGCAGUAAGUAUUUUUACCUAAAAAAUGACACUCAUGUUUACAAAUAUUUGAUAAGGAAUGAAAAGACUUCAGAGCAUUCCAAUUUUUAUUAGAAAGAAAUUGAAAAUAAUUUAGAGCCCAAGUUACUCAGUUCAUAGGAGUAUUAGUUCUGGCCUGUUAAAAGACUUCAGAAUUGACAAACAGUCUUUCCCAUUUAACCACAAAAUGAUGCCUAAAAAAUUUUUACAAGAAAAAAACCAUAAUUGAAACAAAAUUUGAUUCUAAUUUGUUCUUUUUAAAGGCUAUUCUUUGUAUUGAUGCAAAUAUAGCAAUACGUGUGUACAACUUGGUGCAGAAAGACAGGAAUGUUUCUUAUCUUGGUGUGAAAUAUUCUCAGUUCUAGUAAGUGAUUUUUUUGUGGAAAGAUUUUUAAUGUACAUACAAGAACAUUCCUACCAUAGUAUACACACUAGUGUAUAAGAAAAGUAUGACCUUACUGUUACCUUGCUUUGUGUACUACUGGUUAUACAAAGAAGACUUGCAGAAGCAAAAUUAAUGUACACAGAUGUAGUGAGAUCAUUUUCAUCUGGGAAAAAUUCCAUGAGAGAUAAUCUUGUCACCCCAUCUGAGUUGUCUGACUGAAUUCUUUGAGCUAAGGAGCUAUGAAGAUUUGCUUGAUUUUGAACUGACUGAGCAAUUAAUUUCAGUGGAUCAUGAAUCAAAAGACAAAAGAGCCUGUUUGUCAGUCAGUCAGUCAGUCAGCCAGUCAGCCAAUCAAUCAGAAUGACAGAUUGUUUUUCUAAUUGACUGGCUCAGGGAUUGGUUGAUUGGUUGAUUGAUUGACUGGCAAGUGAAUAGAUUGACUGACCAAUUGAUUCUUUAAUUGAUGUUAUGAUAUUUCUCAUUCCUCCAUCCAUUUGUCCAUUCAUUCAUUCAUUCAUUCAUUAUUUCUGCUGUAGUUCCACAUUUCUUUUGGCCCUCUCAACAUCAGAUGUGGAAUUUUCUUUGCUAUAUAAGUACUACAAAGAAAUUGUACCUGAGGUAUGUUUAAUAGCUGUUUCAUAUUAUAUCUUUUGAUGUAUUGCUUGCUGUUGUUGUAACAAACUCAUGCUUUUUUUUGUCUGUUAUUGUCUCUUUUUUUAUUGUAAUACCCUGGUUUAUAAUCUUACAGUUUUUCUGAUGUUAUCUUAAAGCUGAGUGUUGAAGCAUUUGAAGUACUUCUUGUAUGGAUCUUUGUUUUGACUACUAUUUGGAGCACUCAGAACUCUUUUUCUCAGUGUAUGCAUAUGUCAUUUAUUACAUAAACUCAUCUUUCACUUGUCUUUUCUUUGUUAGAAAACAACUUGAACUAUUUUGGCACACCCCCUUUGAAAUAAUAAAUAGUGCCAGAAGAGAAAAGAAAUUAGGUGUAAACAUUUAAAGUCAUUGUUGUUGCCUGUAACGUAAAGCAAAUCUCCCUGUUCAAGAGAAGAUAUUUAUUUUCUAUAAAUCUUUUUCAUCACAGCAGGUCUGUUAUUCCAUUCAUAUUUUUUGAAUAUUUUUAAAAAAUUGUUUGCUUUUUAGAAAAUUAGACCAAGAUCAUACGUCUAUGUCACCCUUCUGAACCAGGCGUACAAGACUCACAAUGCAAAAAUUGCUCCACAACUCUAUCAGGGUAAGUUUUCAACUUAUCACAGUACCUCCACAAAGUUUCAUGUACAAUUCUGGAUUAACUUCCAGUAAACCCCUUGUACAUGUACCUUCUCUAUUUAGUCCUUAACAAACCUCAUUGCUUUUUUUGUUAACUCCUUUACAUCUCUUCCACAUUGGCAGGCAUUAUUAUCUUUCUUUUAUGCCCAUGAAAACUAGCCUUCUUGGCCUUUCUUUUUUUUUAGGAAAAAGUAUUUAGUGUUUUUAAUCAUAUUGUCAAGGCCAGAAAGGUCUCAAAUAUAAAAGAAAUAUCAAUUAGGCUUAAGAUUAAGAUUAAUUGAGCUGGCAACCUCCAUCAUGAGCUCAUUUUUUUUUUACUUGAGAAACAGAGAAAGCACAGUGGUGAGAAUUUGUCCUCCCAAUGCAGUGGACAAGGUUCUUUUCCUGAGAAUAGCAUCACUUUUAGGUUCAGAAUUUUUUUCAAGGUGCUUGUUCUUCCUCUCAGGGUUCUCCUCCAGGUUCCAUUUUUUGGCUCCUCCCUCAAAAAUUUACACCCCAAAUUUUCAAUUUGAACUAGAAACUGAGAACAAGAGGAGCCUCUUGAAAGUUUAUUGCAGCCAGACAGCCUGCAUUAGAUAGCUCAUCCUCAAAAUGCAGCCAAUUUUUGUAAAGUGAUAAAACAAUGAGAAGUAGAGUAGCAGAUCCUAUUAAUUAGUCUAUUGCUAAGCUGUGUUCCCCCCUUCUAAGCAUCUGACUCACUCCCUCCAUUGACCAUUCAACUCUUGCAAGGAUUUCCUGCUGGUUCCAUUGUUUUUUAACCUCUUAUCAUUUUCAAACAAAGUCAGUUGAAGCUGUCCUUUUGUUCUUCUCCCAAACAGUAGGAAGGAGUGAGGUACAGGAAGACUAACUAUUGCAGGAAUUUCUUAGUUAAUGUUUUCUUUUCCUUUAACAGAUAUGCAAAAGUAUAAAGUAGAGAUUUCAGAAAAUGUAGUCAGAGCAUUGAUUAAAACCCUUGCUGCAGCUGACAAUCCUGAGGUUUGUUGUGAUCAGUGGAAAUUCAGAAACAUCUACUCAAUAAAUAACGGUGGUAGUGAUUAUCUUAGGAAUUGUACAAAAUUUUAAAUACUUAAAAAAGGUUGGAAAUUUUUAUUUUUUUCCCUUGGUCCCCCUUCUGUUUGAUGGCUGGGGAAUGUUAUUGCCUGGAACCUAGAAGUCUUCCAAACCAGUGGUGGCCUUAGGAUAAUUCCCUCUUUCAUUGUAUUAUAGUCUGCGCAAUCAGAUUCCAAGUUCGUUACUCUGUCAUUUCAAAUUUGCUAUCCCAGACCUCUCUUGCGCCCCCUUAUUCAUCCCCUCCAGACUCCCUCUUUUUUCUUCUUUUAAAUGGAUGCCACAGAAAGAAAUAAACCAUGUAAUCUCAGUCAGAUGUCAAACUUUAUUGUGAUUUUAAAGUCACUAAGUGUUUUUAAAUCAUUCUUCAUCUUAGGAUCUUAAAAAGAACUUGGAAGUCAUGCACGAUGUUUUACAUUGGGUAGGAGUAUUCAAGCUAAGGUAUGUUUCUCUUAACCCGUGUGCACUCAAGAUCAGGUUGUUAAAUCUCCCUUCCAGCUGUUGCACAUAAGCAUGCAAAUAAGUUAGGAAAAUUGCUUUUUUUGCACAUCACAGCCUCUCAAGGAUGUGUUUUUGUAUUCUCAUCACCUGGUUGUUGAGUAUUGUAUUGAAUUCGUGAGGAGAAGUUACUUGUUAGUCAACUUUCUUCCUCUUUUUAAGUCUUUUUUUUUUUUGUCGAGUUUUAGACUAAGAGAAUUAUAAAGAUUGCAUUUAAUUCUACGUUUCUCUCAAACUUCCCUUUCUUUUUUCUCCAGCUGUAUAAGGAAUAUUGUAAAGAAACUUCUUGAUACUAAUGUUAAAGUGAAUAUUCUAAACUGAGUUUGAAAGGUUUUUUUAAUCUCUAAUGAGGAUCUUCAAUUUUUGCUGUUAUAGUAUUCCUCCACUGACCAUUGCUCUAAUCAUUCGGAUGUACACUGUAAACGAUAAACUAGAAGAAGCUUGGUAAGGUUACAAACUACCUCAUAGGUUAUAAUAUUCUCAACAGGGCCGUUAUGAAACCACUUAUUGGAGGAGAUUGCUUCCUGUAUAGAUAUUAUUUUACCAUUAUUAUUAUUAUUAUAUCUUUUUCUACAUCGUAUAUUUUAAUAGUAAGCCAUUGAAAUUGAGUAGCCAGUAAAGAUUUAGACAGACACUUUUAAUUACUGCUUAGUCUUAUUAAAAGGGCCCGUCGUUCAGAAACAAGUAGCUGGCAAAUCAUCGGCCUCUAGUGCAUCUAUAAAACACUGGCUGUUUUUAUACACACAAAAAAUACAUGGGUCCGCACGUUCUCUUUAUUUUAUCCUAAAUGCCGUUCGGUAGAGGAAAUGGAUUUCUCUGAUUGCUCUGAUUGUGAAUUGCUCCAACAAUUUUAGCUCUGUAAUUAGUUUUGGUACCCUGUUAUAUGAUAUGAUUAUUCCCAAUUUCAUAUGCUUUCAUUUACAGCACUGAACAAUUGCUUUUGUUGUUGUUGUUGUUGUUGUUGUUGUUGUUGCUGUGGCCAUACCAUCCUAAAGACACCACCUUCGACCUAUUUUUGGAAUAGCAUAUACAUUUAAAAACAGAUUUAUGUUAGGCUAACUAGGGAUUCUAUUAUUUCAGGAAUUGUUUAGCGAUGUACAAUAAAGUAGAAGCCUUUCCACAGUAAGUACUUUAUGAAUUGUCAGGUCAGGUUUUAUUAAAGUGUGGAGACCUUUCUCUAGUGUCUCUAAUUUUUUGCCUGCAACUCGGAAAUUACUCAAAAAAUCGUGGCUGUAUUUUCUGUGCUGAUUUUGGCACCAUUUCUUGGGGACUUUUCUGGAAAAAAAUUCACUUACUAUGUCAUUUUAAGUUGUAUCAUGUUUGGCCUCAUAGCCUACUUGUUUGCGACAUAGCUAACAUGUAUAGGAUGGGUAUUUAAAUCGAAGUUUAUACCUGUUAAUGUAAGACUUGAUAUAAGAAUAUUUGAAUAGCAAAAUUAGUUGUUCCUGAACCCAAAAAGGAGUGUAAAUUAGUGGAACGCAAGAUUUAAGAGUAUUUCUGGUUCACGUGUCUUGUGAGUCUUACGUUGUAGAAACAUGGACUUCUCAUGGUAAUUUUUUUUUUAAUUUCACUCCAGUUUUUCAAGUCUCUUUAACAUACUGAAUCUGGCGGUGAAGAAAGGUGACAAGACCAAAGUAGUGGUAAGUGUCACGCUGCAUGUGACACUAGACUGUCAUAGUAUUUUUCUGGCUAGGAUGUCACACUCUAGGUGUGUAGGUGCUUCAAUCGAUAUAUUGGGUGACAGGUAAAGGGAUGCGCUCGGCUUAGUUUAGACGUGUGCAUCAGAAGUAAGAUAUAUGGUGUCGUUUCGUUGCAAUUUUACAUGGAUUGCCUUUGUUUCUUUCCAUCUCUACUUUUGGAAAUCCUUCCAGAAUAUUACCUGAGGCUGCAUUGUUUCAUCCAAUAACUUCAGACGAUUUUGUGUACUUCCGUAAAAUUUUUACACCCCAAAGAUUUGACAGUUUGUGUAUCGCUCUGUCUUAUUAGGUGAUUUUUGUGUGUGUGGGUCCCAAUAUUUGUUGCUGUUGUGAUACUUUUCAACUCUUUCAGGCAACUUUUGAGCUGAUAGCCAAGUAUGGGUUUGAAUUUAACAGUCGCAGACGAAGUCGUUAUUAUGAUGCAGUCGACCUUCCUCCUGAUAAAAGGCAAGGCACUUGUAAUUAUUCUUUCCUUAGUAUCAUUUACAAUCAGUACUUUUGAAGGUAGAAAACACAACACUGGUAAUAACAAACAAACUUGAGAACCAACUGACUUUUGGCUGACUGAUUUACUGACUGAAUGUCAAAUUGGCUGGAUGGCUCGCAAGCUGAUUGAUUGACUAACAGACUGCUAGACUAAAAAUUUUACAACUGCCUGCCUGGUAGCUAUACUGACUGACCAACUGCUAGACGACCAGGCUAAUAGUCUUACUGACUGCUUGCCUGAUUGCUAGACUAACUGACUGACUGACUUCUCGACUGCUAGGCUGAAAGUCCUACUGACUGCCUGCCUGCCUGAUUGUUAGACUGACGGAUUGACAGACUUAUCGUCUGACGGACUAAACCGCCAAUUUACCAAUUCAUUCAUCAUUAUUUCAUUUAUCAUUAUCAGAAAACACAUCGACAAGUUAUUUGAAAGUUUAGCUGCUCUCGGUAAGUGCUUUGAAGGUUCUCACUUACUCAGUUUCUCGGUAAUAUAGGCUCCGGUAGUAUUUCUUUUUUUCAAUGCAAGAUAUACUUAAAGAGGGAGGGCUGCAUUCUGUGACAUAACUGAGGGAAAGCCUUAAAGCCUUAUUUUGGUUUUGUGGUUUACAAACUUACGACAGGCCAACAUGACUUUAGAGUCGUAAGCCAUUUAACUUUGAUUUACACGAAACAAUUCGUGUCGUAAGCCUGUCGUAAGCUUGUCGCAUGCGACAAAGUCGUACCGUGUAAAUAGGCCCUUAGAGAGCCAUUUAACUUGUUGACCCUUUCCACCCUAAGGUUAACAUUCAUACUCUUCCCACUGUUCUCUUUACAAUUCCUGUGGUACCGACAAAAAGUAAUUUAUUAGAGCAUUUAUGGCACGGUGGUGAGAACGCACGCCUUCCCACUACUGUGACCCGGAUUCGAUUCCCGGAUCUGGUGUCGCAUGUGGGUUGCGUUUUUUGUUGGUUCUCGUCCUUGCUCUAAGGGUUUUUCUCUGGGUCACCCCUUCACAAAAGCCAACGUUCUAAAUUCCAAUUCAACCUGGAAACAGUGGACAAGAAGAGUCACCUCGCGGAAUGUCCUCCAUUAAAUCCCAUUUUUUGUAAUUUGUUUGACAAUUAGGUGAUCAUUUCUUUUAUUCACAUGACCUUAACUUUUAAUUCCUAAAGGGUGUGUAAGGAGAAAUACAAAGCCAGACACUCCAAGCGGUAAAGGGGUUUAUUCAAGAGAUAAAGUAGUUAACUCUAGUAUUCUAAAGCUAUACCCAGUCUAAUCAACACAUUAUGUCUCGAUUAGACCAUUUAUCUGUUUGUCUCUUUUUUUUUUGUUUUAAUAGAAAAAAACAGGAAGAAAGCAAUAGACGCAGCAGCUAACUUGCCGGAUGAGGUAUGGAUCUGUAGUUGUCUCCAUGUGUAUACAACUUUAAACCUUUUUCUUAUAGGUGUAAGUGGUUAUUCAUUUUUUUAAUUUCGAUUUCUUUUGAAAAAUACAGAAAUAAAUGGGCAAAUUUCUAUCUUUUAACCACGAUGUUUUUAUAUCUGUGUUUAAGGAUGAUGCCUCACAUAACCCAACAGAGAUUUAAGGAAAAGAGUAGAUGCAAAGUGCCCAAACGAAGAGCACAGAAAACAUCGCGGAAAUCUCUGAACAGUAAUAUAGACUUUGUUACAAUCAUUUGUCGUGGACGUUAAUUUUGUGUUUCGGAAGCGUUUUAUUUUUUGAACAACCUGCUAGUUCGCACACUUCCGUUAAUUGACACGCACGAAGUAUUAAGCAAAAUCGUUCCCAGGGUCUCUCCUCUUUCCACCCUACGGAGCUAGGGAGACUGGACAACGCCGUGGGGUCUUCUCUCUGUCGUUCUAAAUGGUCUGAAGUCGGGAGAGAAGGGGUACUAUGGCGUUUUUUAAGUGCAGUUUCAUAGGUCGGAAAGUGGUCGAUCUUAGCAAAUGGCAACAUACAGUAAACCAAUGAGAACUCAAAACAGAUGCAAGUAUGAGACACUAAGCGCGCAAACAAACAAACAAACGAAGGAAAAAAUGAUGUUUUUUUUAGAUCAAGUUUUAAAUGGCUCUUAAUGCAUCUCCUUACAGAUCGCAAGUAAAGUAGAAAUAAAGAAGAUUGUUUUGGACAGUUUCAACGUGCCGUUCACUUCGAAUAAUAUGCGUGUUUUGCGUCACACUACUACUGUUAUAUGCUUUCGGUUUAGGUCCGUUUGGUCACCUCACAAAUACGAAUUUCAUCAGUACUAUUUUGACUUGAACUAAAUUUAAAUAAAAAAUAUUUGCUCCAC